GGGCACCGUCAGUCGAAAACGCGUCGCGGCUCUCGAACGUAACUCGAAAAGUAUAUUGCGCAUUGAUCCGCUUGAAGUCGUAGGCUGUGACUCGGAUUUGUUCUGAUUUCCCAGCGAUUGUGUUUGGUUUUGUUUGCCGCAGCUGAACUGUGUGAACAAGUGCAGUACCCCAUUCCAGCCAUCGCUAUGAAUGCGGAGUUUGUGGUGCUGGUCAGUCUGGCUCUGGUUUGCCUCAUUCCGGUGGGUCUUUCGGUCACCUGCGAGAGCCACGAGAUCUGCAUUAGCAAAAAGCGGUGCGAUGAGACGGACGACUCCGGCAAGGGAAUACUGGUCAAGCGUGUACUCGAAAAAAGCUGCGGGCGCGGACUAGUUUGUUGCGAUAAGGUGCAGGUGGAGACCUUUGACGCCCAUGAGGCCGAAAUCGAGUACCGGAACCAGCGCCGGGGAAAUCCCUGGGGCUCUUCGGAAAGUCCGGUGGAAGCCGCUGCAAAAGAGAGGCCAACUGUGCCCGAGAAGCAUGAUGAGGGUUACAAAAGUUGUGGCGCGAGGCGGGAGUGUGUGCCCCGCCACCUGUGCACCACCGGAGUGGUCAACGAGGAUGGACGGUACAUCAUCAAGCCGCGAAUAAAUGACGACAGCAACUUCGGCUGCCGCUCCGUGGAGCAGUGCUGUCCGCUAGACGAUCGGAUCGAGGAGGGUCAUAAUGCCAUCCAACGCAACGUGAGGGAUUUCCAGUCUAAGGGCUGCGGCUACAGCAACGUCAACGGGCUGUUUUACAAGCUGGAGGGAUAUAACGGCGGGGAGUCUGUCUUCGCCGAGUUCCCCUGGAUGGUGGUGCUGAUGGACCUGGAGGGCAAGUACAUCUGCGGCGGCACGCUGAUCCACCCGCAGCUGGUGCUGACCAGCGCCCACAACGUGGCCAACCACAGUGAAGACACGAUGGUGGUUCGGGCUGGCGAGUGGGACCUCAACAGCCAGACAGAGCUGCUCCCCUACCAGAUGCGUCCUAUCAGCGAGUUGCACCGCCACGAGGGCUUCUACAACCUGACCUUUUACAACGACAUAGCGCUGGUGGUGCUGGACCGUCCUUUCCACCUGGCGCCGCACAUCCAGCCCAUCUGCCUGCCGCCGACGGAGACGCCCCAGCUGGAGCAGGACCUGCAGAAUGCCCACUGCCUGGCCACUGGGUGGGGGCACAAGACCUUUACGUCCCUCAAAAUGGAACAUCUGCUAAAGCGAAUCGAGCUGCCGGUGGUGGACCACAAGUCCUGCCAGCGUCUGUUGCGCAGAACGAUCCUCGGGCGCCACUUUAAUCUCGAUGCGAGCUUCAUUUGUGCCGGCGGUGAGGAGGGCAAGGACACCUGCAACUACGACGGAGGAUCGCCAUUGUUUUGCACAAUGCCCGGACAAAGGGAUCGCUACCAGCUGGUGGGCAUCGUGUCGUGGGGCAUCGAAUGUGGCGAAAAGGACGUGCCCGCGGCCUACACCAAUGUGGCCCACCUGAGGAGCUGGAUAGAUCGGCAGGUGGUGAAGAGCGGGUUCCCUUUGAUUGAGAUCCCCUAGGUUAGAUAAUAACUAUGCUCAAAUAAAACUAAUGUAAAUUAUGCCCGAACUA